AUGCGGCAAUCCCCGAUCUUGGAGAUGGAGAAGUCAGCAGACAGCGCGGAGCGGUCCCGCGCAGCUUCAAUGACCCACGACGUAGCUAUCAGAGAGUCGGCAGCGCCCAUUCCCAGAUCUGUCGAUCGUUCAAGGCAUCCGUCUGUCCCAGUCAAUGGUCCCGAUCGGCUGCACAACGAUGUCUGGGCCAGCGCCAUUUCCCGCCUGCAGGCACAGGUCUCGUACAACACUGGGAUGCUCGAAUCGCAUCGUCGCCAGUUUACGGACAUGGAGGCUGCCAUCACCAGGCUUCACCAGGAGAUGACCAGCAUGGUAGUUGCAAUCAAUGACGUGCGAGCAGAGGUGCGGUCACGGCCUGCAGCCGCCGAGCCCUCCAGACAUGAUCCAGCAGACCUGGAUGUCCUUGCUCUACAGCUUCAACGUCUCACCAACCGGGUCAAUGAGAUCGAUGGACUGAACAUGCAGAUGGAUCUCGUCAAGAACCGCAUGCAGCGCCUGGAAGGAGGCGCCCUUGAAGUGGCACCGGUCCGUCGGUCGACGGCAUCACAACACGAAGCGCACUACCACGAAGCUGUACCACCUCCUCCCACACAGCAUGUACCGCAUCAUCCUCCACCAGUCCCUCACCCGCCCUUGCCCCCGAUGCGCACAGCGUCUAUUAACUCGCCUGAGGCCAAUCGUCCUCCGCCUCACACCCUUGACCAUCAAGUCUCGCACGGCUAUCGACCUUCUUCCGAGUCAAGACCUUACCCGGGGGAGACUCCUGCAGGACCACCACCGUCUCAAGGUCCAGGUAUUCGACCUGGAGAGUCCCUGCCUCCACCUUCUGCUCUCUCUGGUUGGCGGCCAGCAGACUCAUUCCCACCGAGCGGCGCUGGUGCCAAUGCUCCGGGAUCGCGCCCUCAUGCCAUGGAGGCCGAAGCGGGCCGUGAUGGCUCGAGUGGGUGGGCGGCUGUAAAUGGCAACCCGGCCAUCAAACGCCCACCGCAGGAGUCCAGGUCACCAUUCGGUUCCCCUUCGAUUGAUGGCUCGAAGAGGCAGAGACUCGCGCCAUUGAUGCCGAACAUGCCGAGAAGUAACUACAGCGACGAAAGCCAUCCUCAUUCACAGCCUCCAUUUGCCCCGGCAGGGACUGGCAAUCUGUCGGAGGCCUCGUUCGGUACCAGAAGUCGUGCUCCCUCUGAUGGAGCCCAGUCCCUGGCCCAGCCCGAACACCCUACCCCUGCAUCUCAGCUGCAACAUAGCUUCCGCUUCAUCACGUCAACAUCGCAGCUAGAUGGCUCAGAUCCAUGGCGUCAGAGCUCCGAGCGCGAGCCUCACCACACUCAUCCACAUGUACACGGCCACCAUGGCCACAGUCACGGUCACGGCCAUGGGCCUCCACAUGGGCAUGGCAGGGCCGGCAGAGGAGGACGGGGAGGUCGUGGGCGUGGUCGUGGGUCUAGAGGGGGGCGUGGGGGAGCAGGCGCGACACACCACGAACCGCAAGAGAUGGGCAUGACGCCCGAACCAGAAUAUGCUUCCGGCCGUGGAUCACCUGCGAAUGGAAUUCCCGAACAACCCCAUUCCUUUUCUCCAGAUGCUGCAGCGAGAGGAGGCAUUAUGCGACGGGGAGACUCGCAUAUCGUGGCGCCUCCAGAGCGACAGCACGAGUUCCCGGCUACGCCCGUUCAGCAGCCACCAAGUCUCGAUCCGUACGCGGCGCCGGCAGAUGGUCCCCAAACCAGCUCGGGGAAGAAGACGAGGACGAAGCCGAUACGCAAUGCUGAGGGAAUUCUGAUUCGCAAAGAUGGCAGGCCUGAUAUGCGCAGUGUCAGCUCAGCAAAUAACUUGAGAAAAGUGCACGCGAAGAAAGAGGCCGAACGCGCAGAGAUGGAAGGCACAGACGAAGGCGAUGGCAUAACUCGCUCCGGCACACCCACAAGCGCAGCCGCCGGCGAAAACGACAACGACGGCGACCACGACGACGAAGCAUCCGAAGAACCAUCAGAUACGCAAGAACGCCACCGCCAACUCAUGAACCAGCUCUACUCCAGCAACAUCGGCGGUCCCGGGCGAGUAGCAGAGCAGUUCUUCCCACGCCAUCACGAAGACGCACAGGCACAGACAGAGAGUGAGCGACAGAACAGAGAAGAAAGUACCCAGGGAGAAGACGUGGUAAUGAAAGAGACGAACGUGGCGCAAGCCGAAGCACGAGGGGAACAGAGUGACGUUAAACGAGUCGAUCACGGUUCUGUGGAACAGAAUGGGGGAGGUGAUGAUAGAAAGGUAGUGAAGCAGCCUCCUGCGGCGGCGUAA